AUGGCUAUAGAUCUAAACAUAUUAGCAGAAGAAGAGGAAGAUGGAGGGGCUUUACCUGACCUCAAUGAAGCACAAGCCAAUCUAGAAGAAGAAGUUCCUGGAAGGCAUGUUAUCCAGGUAGAUGACCUUGCUCGAGUUGCUUGCCAUGGAAAUGAUCAAGUUGUACAUUCUUUUGAUCUCAACUUGGGAGCUUUUGAUCUCAACUUGGAAGCAACAGAAGAACAAGAACAACUGCAUCCAGACAAUGACAAUGAAUUGCAACAUGAGCUGGAAGCCUUGGAGGAUGAUCUUCGGGACUAUGGCGUGUAUAUAGAUACUGUCAAUGUUGUCUUUGAUAGAGAGGAGUUGUCGGACUCAGAAGAAGAAGAAGAUGCAAAUCCAAAUCCAAAUCCAAAUCCAGAUGCAAAUGGAAAUGAGGAAAACAGUUCUACAGAAUUGACAAACCCACAAAGGCAAAGAAUUUAUGAAUUGUUGCUUGCAAAAAGUAAGGAUGGAAAACUAGAAAAAGACACCACACGUGCAGUUGCUCAAGUGUUCAUUGUCAGCAUCCGUACAGUCCAGCGUAUUUGGAAGAGAGCAAAGCUUUGCAUCGCACAUGGAGUACAAGUUAAUGUUGACUCGAGGAAGCGUUACAAUUGUGGCCGCAAAAAGGUUGUAAUAGACUUGUCGGUUGUAUCAGCUAUUCCAUUGCGCCAAAGAAGCACUAUACGGUCACUUGCUGAAGCCCUAGGUAUGUUCAAAGAAGGGCAUCUACGACGUCACUCUAACUCACUAAAGCCUUCUUUGAAGGAAGCAAACAAAAAAGAAAGGCUGCAGUGGUGUGUUGGUAUGCUAGAUCAUCGUACGUUACCAAACGACCCCAAGUUUAUUGAAAUGGAAAACAUUGUCCAUAUAGAUGAAAAAUGGUUCAAUGCCACCAAAAAGAACAGGACUUUCUACCUGCAUCCCCUUGAGGAGGAACACUAUAGACCUGUCCAAAAUAAGAAUGCAAUUGAGAAAGUAAUGUUUCUAUCAGCAGUUGCGAGGCCUAGGUAUGAUGCUGAAGGCAAUUGUACUUUUGAUGGUAAGAUAGGCAUUUGGCCUUUUGUUAGAAAGGAACCCGCACAAAGGAGAAGCCAUAAUAGAGAGAGGGGGACACUUGUAACAAAGACAAUUAAGGUUGAUAGAGACACUAUGAGAUCAUUUAUGAUCUCUAAAGUUCUCCCAGCUAUUAGAGCAGGUUGGCCUCUAGAAGAUGCAAGAAGAACAAUAUUUAUUCAACAAGACAAUGCUAGAACUCAUGUACCAAUUGACGAUGAGCAGUUCAGUGUUGCAGUAGCUCAAAUGGGGCUUGAUAUUCGCCUCGUGAAUCAACCUCCCAAUUCCCCCGAUAUGAAUUGUCUAGAUCUUGGCUUCUUUGCAUCACUUCAGUCCUUAACUGCUAAUAGGGUGUCUAAAAACAUGGAGGAGCUAAUAGAGAAUGUUCAGAAGGAAUAUAAUGACUACGAUCCAAAGACUCUGAAUAGAGUAUUCGUGACACUACAAAGCUACUGCAUUGAAGUAAUGGAAGCUAAUGGAGGGAAUAAGUACAAGAUCCCUCACAUGAACAAAGCGAGGCUAGAGGCAUUCGCUGUGAUCGUCAGUUGUAUGAGAAAGUCAUACAACUUCUAG